AAAUCCCCCAUCUUAUGUUUGAGACUGCUGUCAUGAUUCAUGUAGGAGGAUGUUAAAAUCAGCACAGUCGAUGCUCUUUCCUCUCUCGUCGAUGUUACCUGGUGGGCGAGAGCCAGUGACGUCACGUCCCCGUUACGAGCUGAGAUCCGUCUCCUCCGCGCUGCAGUGCAUUCGGAGCGGCCCGUGCAAUCAAGAGCUUUAAAACACAUCGAAACCACAAGACCCGACAUCAAUAACAUAAGACCCCACAUCAAUACCAUCAUCACCAUCGAAUUGAAUAGGAAAGCUGAAGAUGCUUCAGUCCCUCGCCGGUAAUUCGUGCGUGCGCUUGAUACAGAGCAACAAAUCGGCAUGGUAUUUUCUGUUUCUCGUGCUCGGCUAUAUUCUGUAUCUCAUAUUCGGAGCGGUGGUUUUCUCCUCGGUGGAGCUGCCGUAUGAAGACCUCUUGCGCCAGCAGCUCAGAGGGAUCAAACGACAGUUCCUCCAGCAGCACGAAUGUCUGUCCGAGGAAAGGCUGGAGAGGUUUCUGUCAAAAGCGCUGGAGGCCAGCAACUAUGGGGUGUCUAUUCUUAACAACGCGUCGGCAAGCUGGAACUGGGACUUCACCUCGUCUUUGUUUUUCGCUAGCACGGUCUUAUCAACCACAGGAUAUGGUCACACCGCACCUCUCUCUGAUGGUGGGAAGGCCUUCUGUAUCAUUUACUCAGUGAUUGGCAUCCCCUUCACCCUCCUCUUCCUCACGGCUGUGGUGCAAAGGAUCAUGGUCUAUAGCACCUGGCGGCCCAUUAUGUAUGUUCAUACACGCUGGGGUCUGUCUAAACCACUGGUGGCCCUGGUUCACGCAACUCUUCUGGCCGUCGUAGCCGUGUCCUGUUUCUUCCUCAUCCCUGCCGCCAUCUUCUCUACCCUAGAAGAGAACUGGAACUUUCUGGAGUCCUUCUACUUCUGCUUUAUCUCACUCUCCACUAUCGGUCUGGGUGACUAUGUGCCUGGGGAGGCCUUUAACCAGAGGUUUCGUGAGCUCUACAAACUCGGCAUCACUGUGUAUCUCCUCCUCGGCCUGAUUGCCAUGCUGGUGGUGUUGGAGACUUUCUGUGAGCUGCAGCAGUUGAAACAGCUGAGGAAGAUGUUUUAUCUGAAGAAGGAGAAGCCCCAGGACCGUCUGUCCAUCAUGGAACAUGACCAACUGACCUUCAGCUCCAUGCCAGAUGGUACUGUCAACUCGCCCCAGGAGGACAAAAGCGAACCCUUUGUGGACUUCCCCGUUCUAACCUCUCCAGGAGGUGAUGACCCAAUGAUCAAAUAGAUGUUUUCACUUCCAUCAACAUAGCUCUCAAUCGAGGGAGACAUCUUUAGCAGAGGGGUCUUGCAAGUGACUGGUAGGAUACAGAAUUGUGAAAAUUCAAAAGUAUGUUGAUCAAGAUUCUGCGUAUUUAACAGCCCUCUACAAAACCAUGAUGCUUGAUAAAAUCAUUCACUGGCUGUAUAUCUGUAAAUGAUCAAAAAGCACACUUAUGCUGCUACCCUACAAAACUACAUUAAAAAGCAGAAUUGCUCACUAGUAUGUACUUACCAAUUGAGCGAACAGAAAUGGUAGAAGUAAUGAUGACCGCAUUUGUGGCAUAAUGUUGAUUACCACCAAAAAUGUAUUUUCUUUUAAGCUCCUUUUCUUGAAAAAAAAAAUCUGUUUCAGUAAGGGACUUACAGUUGACUUGAAUCUGGCCAAUCUGUAAACACUAAAAUACUAUUUUAAUUGUGUAUCCACACAGUAUGUUAAAAUGAUUUUAGCAUGAAAAAGAAAAACGUUUAAUCUUUUCUAGAUAAAUUUAUAGCCAAUUUUAAAUUUUUACCAUCCCAAUGGACUUUAAAUUCUAAGACCAUAAAACUUCAACAAAUAACAGAUUUAACACACAAUAAGUGAUUUUAUAAAUUAGCAGCUUCUCAUUUCUGCUUUUAAAGGUGCAGUUCACCCAAAAAUGAAAAUUCAGUCAUCAUUUACUUAACCAGUAUGACUUUAUUUCUUCUGUGAAAUUCAAAAGCUAUUUGAAAGAAUCUUGGUCAUUUGAGUUCCCAUUAACAUGCAUUGUAUGGAAAAAAAGGCAACACUUUUCACCAACAUUCUUCAAAAUAUUGCCUUUUAUGUUCCACAGAAGAAAGUCAUAGAGGUUUGAAACAACUUGAAAUAAAUUUGAGUUUUUAUUUCUGGCUGAACCAUUAGUUCAACCCUUUAAAAAAAAAAAAAAAACAUUUACUUCUUUCUUUUUGAAUAACUAGGAGCUGUUUCUUGAUAAUCAACUUUUGUCACAACUGCUGCUAGUUAAGCUUGGCUUUUCAAGGUAUGAACCCAGAAUAGUUUUGUGGUCCAAAUUUUCAAAAAUAGACUCUAAAUCAAAAUGCACUUCUGCUCGGAUCUAAGCUUCGAAUAAAGAUCACCAUCUUCUCACAUCUUUAUGAACAUGAGAUCUCACUUACAUUUUAGUGGAGACCCGUCAUCAAACAUAGUAGUUGCCCAUCAUGUGUUAAGUUUUAUUUCCAGCUCAUGUGAUCUACCUUGUGAGCUUGCAACUAGAGUAACACUUAAGGAUAUCUGCUACUAGUGGUGUUAGAAAUGACUUUAGAAGUCUCUCUUGAAGCUGUAUCUAAUGCAUUGAAAUGUUAAGACUGUAAUGCAGCAUAUACUGUAGCAUAAAUCAGUGUAGAAGCACAAAAACGUUCCUGCUCAAAAGCGAGUCAUUACACAUUUUAGAUGACAUGGAGUUAAAAUAGUGUGACAUUUAUCUUAAGGGAUAUUUUAAAUGUGUUUUAAAGGGAAAAACCAUGUUAUACCCUGUAUAAUUUUCUCAUUUUAAAAAGUGAUGUUUUACAGAGGUCUAAAUAUUAAAAUGCUUGACAGAGUAAUCGGAGAUUACAUGGAUUUUUGAAUCCAAGGUUGAAUAAUGGUUGGCUCCGUGUGUCCUUGUCCUAAGCUACUGAAAAAUCCAGUGCAAUGCCGUUACAUUCCAAAAAAAGGUUUGGAGAAAAUCUUGGAUUACUGAAUUGUGGUUCAGUAUUAUCGACUAAUUGACUGUAUAAAACUUAGAUCAUCCAGAUCUUUGAUUGUUGCAUUCAGAGCAUUUCUGUGGCUAUUUAAUAAACAUAAAUUAAUUAUAUUUUUGAAACAUGCUUGAAGUGUUGUUUACAAUAGAAUGCUUGUGCUUGUAUUAUGAGAAUGACUGUUGUAGGCACAGACUGAUGACUACUGUUUAAGGUUCGGUUGGAAGAUCACACUGUACUGCAGAUUGUGCUGCAUCACUUUCAGCGCAGUAAGAAUGUCAAGACAUUAUCACAAUAUAAUAAAAGUUGAAUUUUUAGGUCUCAUUUUAACUUCUGUUGU